CCAAUAUAACCAUGAACAUGACCCACACUAGCCCUGCCAACAUCACCACCAAUCUGAUCAUGACCCCCCCUCCCAAUAUAACCAUGAACAUGACCCACACUAGCCCUGCCAACAUCACCACCAAUCUGAUCAUGACCCCCCCUCCCAAUAUAACCAUGAACAUGACCCACACAAGCCCUGCCAACAUCACCACCAAUCUGAUCAUGACCCCCCCUCCCAAUAUAACCAUGAACAUGACCCACACUAGCCCUGCCAACAUCACCACCAAUCUGAUCAUGACCCCCCCUCCCAAUAUAACCAUGAACAUGACCCACACUAGCCCUGCCAACAUCACCACCAAUCUGAUCAUGACCCCGCCUCCCAAUAUAACCAUGAACAUGACCCACACUAGCCCUGCCAACAUCACCACCAAUCUGAUCAUGACCCCCCCUCCCAAUAUAACCAUGAACAUGACCCACACAAGCCCUCCCAACAUCACCACCAAUCUGAUCAUGACCCCCCCUCCCAAUAUAACCAUGAACAUGACCCACACAAGCCCUCCCAACAUCACCACCAACCUGACAAUGACCCACUCUCCCAACAUGACAAUGAACAUGACCCACACUAGCCCUCCCAACAUCACCACCAAUCUGAUCAUGACCCCCCCUCCCAAUAUAACCAUGAAUAUGACCCACACAAGCCCUCUCAACAUCACCACCAACCUGACAAUGACCCCUCCUCCCAAUAUAACCAUGAACAUGACCCACACUAGCCCUCCCAACAUCACCACCAAUCUGAUCAUGACCCCCCCUCCCAAUAUAACCAUGAAUAUGACCCACACAAGCCCUCCCAACAUCACCACCAACCUGACCAUGACCCACUCUCCCAACAUGACCAUGAACAUGACCCACACUAGCCCUCCCAACAUCACCACCAAUCUGACCAUGACCCACUCUCCCAACAUGACCAUGAACAUGACCCACACUAGCCCUCCCAACAUCACCACCAAUCUGAUCAUGACCCCCCCUCCCAAUAUAACCAUGAACAUGACCCACACAAGCCCUCCCAAUAUCACCACCAACCUGACCAUGACCCGCUCUCCCAACAUGACCAUGAACAUGACCCACACUAGCCCUCCCAACAUCACCACCAAUCUGACCAUGACCCACUCUCCCAACAUGACCAUGAACAUGACCCACACUAGCCCUCCCAACAUCACCACCAAUCUGACCAUGACCCACUCUCCCAACAUGACCAUGAACAUGACCCACACUAGCCCUCCCAACAUCACCACCAAUCUGAUCAUGACCCCCCCUCCCAAUAUAACCAUGAACAUGACCCACACAAGCCCUCCCAAUAUCACCACCAACCUGACCAUGACCCGCUCUCCCAACAUGACCAUGAACAUGACCAUCACCCAGUCUCCCAAUAUGACUAUGACCAUGACCUACACAAGCCCUCUCAACAUCACCAUGACCCGCCCUCCCAACAUGGCAACAAAUAUUACAUCGUCAGGCUCUACUAUCGUGACCAACAUCAAUAAUCCACCACUUGAAAUUACUGGCAGGGAUAACUGUAGGAAGGAUAGGGCUUGUUUCUCUGCUCCACCCACCUGUAAUCCAGGUGCACAAGAUUCCUGCUAUUUCCUCUCCACAAGAGGAGUAAGCGGAAAUGCAGAUAAUUUUACCUUUGAGCUCAGUGGCGAGUCAGAUGGUUACAUCGCAGCUGGCCUAUCCCGAGAAAAGAGUGGUCAAAGUGCCACCAUCUAUGCUUGCGCCAAGAUCAAUGGUGUACUGAAGUUCAUCCGUUCCACACUGGACAAUCAAAUACUGACACCGGAUAACACAUUCAUCCCUGGAAGUUUCAAAGGCUCCCUCAAUGGAAGAACAAUUCAAUGCAUUUUCACCGCUGCAGGUCUCGGCAGCAGCACCGCCCGUGCAGUAACCACAGAAACUUUCAUCUCUAUUGUAAAAGGCAGCAUCUCCAAUGGUUCUCUGGAAUCUCCAGUCAGUGUACUGGCCACAAAUGCAUCAGUGGACUUGAGCAACCCUAACAGCACAGAUGUUUCAAUCAUAACACCCAGUACAAAUGACACUGCUAUAUCUAACAUUACAGCAACACCAAACAUCACUCCAUCUAAUGUUACAGCAACACCAAACAACACUACAUCUAACGUUACAGCAAUACCAAACAUCACUGCAUCUAACGUUACAGCAACACCAAACAACACUACAGCAACACCAAACAACACUACAGCAACACCAAACAACACUACAGCAACACCAAACAACACUACAUCUAACGUUACAGCAACACCAAACAUCACUGCAUCUAACGUUACAGCAACACCAAACAACACUACAGCAACACCAAACAACACUACAGCAACACCAAACAACACUACAUCUAACGUUACAGCAACACCAAACAUCACUACAGCAACACCAAACAACACUACAUCUAACGUUACAGCAAUACCAAACAUCACUGCAUCUAACGUUACAGCAACACCAAACAACACUACAGCAACACCAAACAACACUACAGCAACACCAAACAACACUACAGCAACACCAAACAACACUACAUCUAACGUUACAGCAACACCAAACAUCACUGCAUCUAACGUUACAGCAACACCAAACAACACUACAGCAACACCAAACAACACUACAGCAACACCAAACAACACUACAUCUAACGUUACAGCAAUACCAAACAUCACUGCAUCCAACGUUACAGCAACACCAAACAACACUACAGCAACACCAAACAACACUACAGCAACACCAAACAACACUACAGCAACACCAAACAACACUACAUCUAACGUUACAGCAACACCAAACAUCACUGCAUCUAACGUUACAGCAACACCAAACAACACUACAGCAACACCAAACAACACUACAGCAACACCAAACAACACUACAUCUAACGUUACAGCAAUACCAAACAUCACUGCAUCUAACGUUACAGCAACACCAAACAACACUACAGCAACACCAAACAACACUACAUCUAACGUUACAGCAAUACCAAACAUCACUGCAUCUAACGUUACAGCAACACCAAACAACACUACAGCAACACCAAACAACACUACAUCUAACGUUACAGCAAUACCAAACAUCACUGCAUCCAACGUUACAGCAAGACCAAACAUCACUGCAUCCAACGUUACAGCAAUACCAAACAUCACUGCAUCCAACGUUACAGCAAGACCAAACAUCACUGCAUCUAACGUUACAGCAACACCAAACAACACUACAGCAACACCAAACAACACUACAGCAACACCAAACAACACUACAUCUAACGUUACAGCAACACCAAACAUCACUGCAACUACCAUUACAGCAUCUCCAAACACAAACAACACUGGAUCUACCGUUACAGCAAACACUGGUACAACAAUUGAUACAGUCACCAGUCAGAACUGUAAAACGGACAGGGCAUGUUUCUCCACUCCAGCCAGCUGUGAUCCAUCAUCUACUGCCAAUAGCUGCAUUUUCGCCUCCACAAGAGGGGUGAACGGAAGCUCAAGCAAUCUCACUUUCGAGAUCAGCGGGGAGUCCAAUGGUUACAUUGCAGUUGGCUUGUCUCAAGACAAGAAGGAGGGUGAUGGUGACACCGUCUAUUCUUGCGCCAACAACAAUGGUGUAGCGAAGUUCAUCCGAUCCACACUGAACAACGGCAUCCUGACUCCGGAUAACACAUUCAGUCCUGGAUCUUUCCGUGGCUCUGUGAAAAACACAAAGAUUCAGUGCAUUUUUAUAGCCGAAGGUCUCAAGAGCAACACCCGUGUGGCAAACGCAUCCGCUUUUCUCUUCUUCUUCACGGGCAACUUUACAAACGGCACUUUGGGGUCUCCCGUCACACGAAUGGUUACAAAUGAGGCAGUUGAUCUGAGCAACAAGAACAGCUCAGAUGUUGGAAUAACAACCACUACAAAUACAGCCUCUAAUGCUACCACGGCUUCUACUAUUACAACCGGUACUAUUACAACCACUACAAGAAAUCCUACUACAGGAGGGAGCGUGGCACUGCAGCAUGCGGCAUCUCAGGCUGCUCUAAUAGUUCUCUCAGGGAUCCUUGCAGUCCUCCUGUUGUAAGGACGCUGCCAGGACGUGUCUUUAGCUUUCCUAAACUGCUUGAUGAACCCAACACUAAAGUAUAUGCAAUUCAGCACAUUUAUACUCGUGCAAUAUUGUGACUCUGGAAAUAUGAAGCGAGGAUCUGAAAACAUGGGGAAGAGGGAUAUACACCAUUUAUUUAAUCUGUGUGAGAAAGAGUGUGUGCAUGAGUGUGUGUUUUUGUGAGAGUCCGUGUUUGUAUGAUACUUAAAAUCAAGCUCCUGCACAGAGCGAGCUGAUAAUCGUCUGUUAAUGUAAUGGCCGGCGCACAUGUGAAGCCACCAAGUAGCUGAAAUGUCUAGCAAUAUUUAAGAGGAUUAUUUUUAAAUGUCUUUAAUUUAUUUUGUAAUGAAAGUGCACUGCUGCCUCAAAACAUUGAUUGCCUGUGAGUUUUAAUUUAAGUCACUUGUAUAUUUUUUUGAAGAAAAUACAUAUGUUUAAUAAAGUGAUUUACAUGUUCAAGUGAACAAAUUUGCUCUAUCAGUGUUU